UGUUGCAUCUCAUCUUUGGUAAUCUGUUUUUUCUCUAAUGGGUACCUGGGUGAUUGGCACAACCACUAUUCGUGUCCUUUGCAAAUCAUACAGAUCAAUCUUCAAAAGAUGGUUUCAUAAGAAGAAACCACGACGCCACACCCGAACAAAACAGAAAACUGUUGAUGAUGGCAAAGUCACGAAUGGAAUUGGGAGCUUCAGAUUGAAAUUGAGGAGGAGCAUCAGUGAUAUUGCAAUGAGUAGUCCAAGAGGAUGUUGUUUGUAUAGACAUAGAAGUCCAGAUAAUUCGUGCUUUCCGUGCAGAAAGUCUGCGUCUCGAAAUGCAAGCAGAAAAUCGAACCAGACAUCGAGCAAGAACUAUGAUUUUAUGUCUGCAGCUUCUCCUUUUCCUUCUUCAUUGAACAAAAGCGGGUGUUUAAGAUCGAUGCCUCCUCAUCUGAACUCAAUGAAUGCCAGCAGCAGGAGCAGCAACCCAAUCAUGUAUUCCAAUUCAACUGGGAUGCUGAAACCCCCGCCAAUAGAGAAUAAACUUGAAUGUACUUUGGAAGAGUUGUGCUUCGGAUGCAAGAAAAAGAUCAAAAUCACAAGGGAUGUUCUCACAGAUACAGGGGGCAUAGUUGAAGAGGAAGAAUUGGUAACGAUAAAUGUGGAACCUGGAUGGAGGAAAGGAACAGAGAUUAAAUUUGAAGGAAAAGGGAAUGAGAGACCAGGAGCAUUGAAAGAAGAUAUAAUAUUUAUCAUCUCCGAGAAAAGUCACAAGUUAUUCAGAAGAGACGGGGAUGAUUUGGAAUUGAGCGUGGAAAUUCCCUUAGAAAACGCACUUUCUGGGUGUACAUUAUCGAUUCCACUGUUGGGUGGAGACCACAUGGAUCUUAAACUUGACGACAUCGUACACCCUGGCUAUCAGAAGAUCGUCCCUGAUCAAGGCAUGCCAAUCUCCAAAGAACCAGGAAACAGAGGAAACUUGAAUGUUACGUUUCGCGUUGUGUUUCCGACACAUCUCACAAGUAAUAUAAGAUCAGAGGUUGUUCGUAUUUUACAGGAUUCUUGAUCGUCGUAGCAUUUUUAGUUUUUAGAUAUGCUCCAGAGUGUUCUUCGAUGACUUUUUUUCUUUCAUUAUUCAGUCCUUUUUUUUUUCUCAUUUAAUGGGCGGGUUAAGUUUGUGUAAGCCUUUUGGGGCACUAUUAUAAGUCCCAAAAGGCAAAACAAGGCUUUAUAGUUUGUGGAGGUCAAAAACUUAGGAUUGAAUAUUCAGUACUUAUCUGCCAUGUAACAUGGUGUUAAAGAAAUCUAUAAGAGUACUCUAAGAGCUAGAAAUAUAAAUACUUCUAUGAA